AUGAUGCCCUUCCUUCUGCCCUUCCUCCAAAAGAGGGUCACGAAAGUCGCAUUGCGCCUGAAAUAUCAGAUAGAACAAGUGUUACCGUGUGAGGUAGAGGAGUUGAAAGUCACGAAAGCCAACUCCCCUGUCGUCACCCCAAAGGUCAUGGCCACGGCGCGGGAAGCUGGCGGCAAGGAUAACAAAGCCUGCAUAAUAUACUGCCUGAUGGUAUGCUUUCGAUGGUUCAAGAGACAAGCUGUACUCGAGCUCUGGGAUGCAGACCUUCAUGAAGUCCGUGCUAUCGCUUGUGAUGUCCUGGCCAAGCGGCUCAUUGAGGCGGAGGAAGACGAGCCCCACCUCCUCCAGAAUCUCUUACUGCAGCGCUUCUCUAUCGUUGUCAACCACGAAACGACAGAGCCUGCAAAUGCUGUUGAGCGUGCUGUCGAUCUCCAUGCACUGCACACCAUUGGCUCAUCAGGGUACCAAAAGUGUGUCAAUUAUCUUUGGCGCGGAUGGCUAAUCCAAGAUGACGAAUACCCUUCAAAUUUCAUACCAUGGGACAAUAAAGCGAACACCAACUAUUGGGAUCACUUCGAUCCUGAUCGUAUGCGUACCCCAAGAUACCAGAACGCUGUCCAAAUCUUCUUCUCCUUGUUCUACCUGGCACUCUACACUGGCGCCAUCAAUACAAUCAACAGUACUGGUGAUCUUGACGUAGUGGAGGGCAUUGUCUAUCUAAUGACAGCCGGCUUCGUUCUUGAUGAAGCAGCCAAGUUUUGGAAGGUUGGAAGAUACUACAUUGGUUUCUGGAACGUUUUCAACAGCACCCUCUACUCCCUGCUCACCAUAUCCUUCAUCCUUCGCAUGAUCGCGCUCGGCCACCCCAUCGGCAACGACCAGCGUGAACGAUAUAACGAACUUUCCUACAACUUUCUCGCCUUUUCCGCGCCUAUGUUCUGGAUGCGAAUAUUGCUCUACCUGGACACGUACCGCUUCUUCGGUGCCAUGAUGGUAAUCCUCAAAGUAAUGAUGAAAGAGUCAGUCAUCUUCUUCGCGCUGCUGAUCGUAAUCGUGAUUGGGUUCCUUCAGGCUUUCAUUGGCAUGGACUCGAUCGAUUCCAACGCGAAGGUCACAUCAUUCAUUAUCCAAGCAAUGGCAAACAGCGUGAUGCAGAGCCCUGAUUUUGACGGCUUCGAGAACUUUGCGCCACCUUUCGGCAUCAUCUUGUACUACAUCUUUACCUUCGUAGUGAUGGUGAUAUUGCUCAAUAUCCUGAUUGCGCUCUACAAUUCGGCCUACGAAGACAUAACAGAGAACGCCAUCGACGAAUUCAUGGCUCUCUACUCACAGAAGACCUUGCAAUUCGUGCGCGCGCCCGACGAAAACGUGUUCCUCGCACCGUUCAAUCUGAUUGAAAUAUUCUGUCUGGUUAUUCCUCUUGAAUGGUGGAUGGAGACCCACAGAUACGAGCGCCUCAAUCACUAUGUUAUGGGCUUCCUCUAUUCACCACUGCUGCUGAUCACAGCGUGGUUCGAGACCAGGGAAGCGCAGAGCAUUCGCUGGAAUAGGAGACGAGGCGAGGACGAUGAAGAUACGAUCGAGGAAUGGGAACAGAUGGUUGGCGAAUGUGACUUCGAGUCAGAUGGGUGGGCGAAGAAGGUUGAAAGAACGAAGCCGAACGUGGAAACUGACGCAACAGUGUUGGAGGUGAAAGAGGCAAGAGGGGAGAUUGGAGGAGUGAAAGAAAAACUGGAAGAAUUGAAAGGGUUAUUAGAAGCGAUGAAAGAGAAGAAGGAUUGA